UCCGAGGAGGCUUGGGGAUCUCAGUGGUAGGCGGUCACUUUUUCGCUUUAGCUGUUUCUGCUGCUGCUGCCGCUGCCAUGGGGAAACGACAGCACCAGAAGGACAAGAUGUACAUUACCUGUGCUGAAUACACUCACUUCUAUGGUGGCAAGAAGCCAGAUAUCCCACAAACAAAUUUUCGUCGAUUACCUUUUGACCACUGCAGUCUUUCUCUUCAGCCCUUUGUCUACCCGGUCUGCACCCCAGAAGGUGUCGUCUUUGACUUGCUGAAUAUCGUUCCAUGGCUUAAGAAGUAUGGGACUAACCCCAGCAAUGGAGAGAAACUUGAUGGUAGGUCCCUGAUAAAGCUGAACUUUGCCAAGAACAGUGAAGAGAAGUAUCACUGCCCGGUGCUGUUCACUGUGUUCACCAAUAACACCCACAUUGUGGCCAUCAGGACAACUGGCAAUGUCUAUGCCUACGAGGCAGUGGAGCAACUAAACAUCAAGGCAAAGAACUUUCGGGACCUGUUGACUGAUGAGCCCUUCUCUCGACAGGACAUCAUCACUCUCCAGGACCCCACCAAUUUGGACAAGUUCAAUGUCUCCAACUUCUUUCAUGUUAAGAAUAACAUGAAAAUAACAGACCCAGAUGAGGAAAAGGCCAAACAGGACCCAUCUUAUUAUUUGAAAAACACAAACACCGAGACCCGAGAAACACUGCAGGAGCUGUACAAGGAGUUCAAAGGGGAUGAAAUCUUGGCAGCCACCAUGAAGGCCCCAGAGAAGAAGAAAGUGGACCAGCUAAAUGCUGCCCACUAUUCCACGGGGAAGGUCAGUGCUUCCUUCACCUCCACUGCCAUGGUGCCGGAGACGACACAUGAAGCAGCUACUAUUGAUGAAGAUGUGCUACGCUACCAGUUUGUGAAGAAGAAGGGCUAUGUGCGGYUGCACACCAACAAAGGUGAUCUUAAUCUGGAACUGCACUGCGACCUGACACCAAAAACCUGCGAAAACUUCAUCAAGCUCUGCAAGAAGUGCUAUUAUGAUGGCACCAUCUUUCACAGGUCCAUCAGGAACUUUGUGAUCCAAGGAGGAGACCCCACAGGCACAGGCACAGGAGGUGAGUCAUACUGGGGAAAGCCCUUCAGAGAUGAGUUCCGGCCCAAUCUCUCUCACACAGGACGAGGCAUCCUCAGCAUGGCCAACUCGGGGCCGAACACCAACAAGUCUCAGUUCUUUAUCACAUUCCGUUCCUGUGCUUACCUGGACAAGAAGCACACCAUCUUUGGAAGGGUUGUUGGGGGCUUUGACACACUGACAGCCAUGGAGAAUGUGGAAAGCGACCCCAAAACUGACCGCCCUAAGGAGGAGGUCCGCAUUGAUGCCACCACAGUGUUUGUAGACCCCUAUGAGGAGGCAGAUGCCCAGAUUGCACAGGAGCGGAAGAAGACACAGCUUGAAGUGGCCCCAGAGGCCAAGGUGAAGUCCAGCCAGCCUCAGCCUGGGAGCCAGGGCCCCCAGACAUAUCGCCAAGGGGUGGGCAAGUACAUCAAUCCAGCUGCCACGAAACGAGCAGCUGAAGAAGAACCAUCAACCAGUACAGCUGCCUCCAUAUCCAAGAAAAAGCCCAGCCGGGGUUUUGGGGACUUCAGCUCCUGGUAGCAGCAGUCAAAAGCUCGCGACCAGGCAAGUGUGACACAGCAGUAGGACUCCAGCAGCUCUGAGACCCCAAAACAGCCCUUUGCUCUGGUGAGCUCUGCAGGAAACCUGGGGCUCAUCCCUCAUUAAGGGCACAGCCUCCUCAACAAUGAGCAACAUGUAAAACAAGAAGUCUGACAUCAGAAGCUUUAUUUAUAAACCUCACACAAACAUAGGACCAAAGGCCAGUGGCAUGGCUUGGGGUAGGGGAAACUGAAGGCGGUGUAUGCACUUGAGCUUGAUCAUCCUUGCUCCUUGAAGCGAAGCUUCCUGCUGCCUCCAGGCUGCUGUCCAUCUGUCCAUCCAGCCUUAUCCAGUGAUCUGCACCUGCCCCAAGGGGAGGGCCACAUCCUCACCCAAACUUGCCCUCCAGGGCAGAAGACAGGCCUGACCAAGUCCUUUGACAGAAGGUUUAUAUUUCUGUAGUUCAUUUUAGAGCUUAAAUUAUGUCCUUCUAGAUAUUAAACCACUUGGAUUUUGUAACUGCCUGAUGAGAUCAUCAGGUAGAAUAAAA